AGCUUGCAGGAUCGCCCCGUCCGCUGUCUGACCAUUUUUGUCAACACGAACUGUCAUUGAAUAGACAAACUAUUGAACACUUAAAAUCGUAAUAAAAUUUUAUUGUUCGCGUUUCUGGCGAGUUGUGCAUUCGAGGUGCGAUGAGCGGCCGCAGUUCUCCUGUCUAAAUCAGUGAUAUUGUGUGUUGUGCUGUGAAAUAUGGCUCGAUUAACGGAGGAGAUGGUGAUCGCUAGAUCGAAACAAUCGGAUUUAUCAUCGGUAAAAAAGCUAAACUGCUGGGGAGCCGAACUCGGUGAUGUCAGCGUGUUGAGGAAAAUGCCCAAUGUUGAAGUUCUAGCGUUCAGCAUUAACAAGAUCCGUACGCUGGUGGACUUUGCGGGGUGCCGCCGCCUUCGUGAGCUGUACGUUAGGAAGAAUGAGAUCCGGGAUUUAGCUGAGAUCAGGCAUUUGAGACGUCUUCCUGAUCUGACGAACCUCUGGCUGGAUGAGAACCCUUGUACGAGACAUUCAGAGUACAGAAUGACAGUACUUCGUAAUAUUCCGAAUCUGGAGAAGUUGGACAAUGUUCCCGUUAGACCUAAAGAGGUCCAAGAGGCGAUGAGACGCGGCAUUCAUAUACCAGAUUCUGAUGAUGAGGGGUAUCCUCAGCGACAAGAGCAAUACAGCCAGUACCGGACCGCUCGGUCGUGCGAGUCGAGCCCCGAGAGGGAACCCGACUAUUAUCAACCGCAGAGCGCAAGGGAGCAGGGAAGCGACGGUUCCGUCGAAGAAAGCUCUGAACCGAGAUCUCCGCUCGCGCCCACGUGCCCGGCCUCACCGCGCCGGGUGGCCUCGCCCGAAGACGAGAGGUACGACCACCCGGCGAUGACCACUUCCCAUUACGAGCCAAGAGCUGCGAGGUCUCCGGAGGCGGCAUCUCUGAGGCAUUCGGUGUCGGCGCAGAGCGUCACGGACUUCGCGCCGAGCAAUAGCGAGUGGAGACCGUCCGGUACGCUCGCGCAAGACUUUUGCGAGCGGAUUGAUCGAAGCGAUACGCACUCUGUCCGGGAAUGGGAGAGGGGCGAAAGAGGCGAGAGGGGGCCCAAUCCGGGGGGCAGGGAGUACUCCUCCGCGGUCAUGACCGAGCGGAGGGGCUUCACCAGGCGACCCGUGGCCAGGAGUUCGAAUCUGCUGUCGGCCGUUCUUUGUCUGGUGAAGGAGUUGGACAACCCGAGCUUAGAGGUCGCGAAAAUGGCUGUCAGGCAGGAAAAAUACAUUUUCUCCUUUAAUGUCGCAUGGAUGAGCUGGCGAAUAGCCAGUGACACGAAGAGGUCGAUUAAUCUUCCAAUUAUAAUGGAAUUGGUACAAAGCGAUGGCCAUUUUGUCAAAUGUUGCCAGUUUUGUAAUCGCAAAUUGCUAAUGCGCUGGAACUUUGUGGUACUAAAUCUGUAACAAUUCAUUGCCCGUCAUAUUGCUUAGUUUUUUAUAAAAUAAUUUUAAAUAUUUUCAGAUUACUAAACAUGAGUGUAAUUUAAUAAUAUUUCAUAAAAGCCUUUCUCCAAAAAAAAUUUUAGUUGACUACUUAAGAAAGCGCAUUAGCAAUUUGCGGAACGCAUACAAAUAAUUAACAUUUAAUCUGUAAAGGGUACCCCGAUGCCCCAAAAGUUGGGGGAAAAUAAUGCAAUUGUGAUUUAAUGUACAUAUAUAUAGCUUUUAAAUUUGCAUGAGUUUAUUUGUGCAUGAAGUUUUGAAUUUAUUGCAAUUAAUUAUACACACAAAUAUAAUUUUACUAAAACUUGUUUAUUAAAUUUUCUUUUUAUUUGAUUUUUAAUGUGUUACAAAUUGUUACCUCGUCUUAAUCUGGUAAAUAUGUAAUGCAAAAAAUUUAAUUUUUCAUUUAAACUCACGAAAUUCCAACGAUUCUGUCACUACAAAAAUUACUUAAGAAAUAAAUUAGAUGUCAACAAUGAUGUAAUUGAAAGUAAAUUAUCAGCGAUUGUUAAAUUUAAAUAUUCCACCUUAAUUUGCUUUUGAUGGAUUUUUAUACAUUAUACCAUUACUAAGGCAGAUACAUUAGUUUGUAUAAUUAUGUUAUAUUAUAAUUAUAUUUGUAGUGUGUAACCGUCCUCGUAAUUUAGUUAAAAUAUACCAUAUUAUAUGUCUCGCUUUAAUUAUACGUUAAAGAUGGAUGGCACGAUGUAUUCACCAGAAAUAGUUUUGCUAUGGCCAUCUAAUCUCAUAAUAUGUGUAAGAGAUUGCAAUGCCUAGACACCUGAAUAGAAAGAUAGUGAAAUCAUAAAUAUGAAUGAUCUGGUAUUUUUUAUUAAAAUAAUUUUUUAACGACUACAUUGCUUUUGGGAGUGGUCUAUGACCUCUUCAAACGUGUAGGGUCUAAACGCUUUAAACGUCAUCAUUAUUACUGAGACUGCUUGCCUUUGCUUAAUAAUGGUCAUGUGACCAUGCAUGGCUGAAUCUCACAAUUGGCUUUACAUGUCGAGACAACCCAUAAGCAUCUCAACAAUUUGUAUCGCGGUGGUCUCGUGACCUUGCGUCAGCUGACGUCACUCCCAUACAAAUACUGGCACUUGAAAGUCCAUAAAAUUAUUUCACUAAACUGUGCUUAAAUCACUCCAGAACCUCUACUACGAUUCAUCUUCGUACUCACAAUACGAAUUGGAUAAGAAUUUGAAAUGGCGUGUAAAUUUGUAUAAACAAUAAUUUUGUAAAAGGUCGCCAACGCAUUUGCGGACCUUCUAACAUUGUGUCCAUCGGCGUUUACGCACGAGCGUCCCGCUCGUUUGCUUCAUACAAAAUAAUAUAUCAUCACAUUGAUCUGCAUCAAAUUAAAAUUAAAAUCACAAAAUAAUCUUUAAUUUAAUAGAUUAUUUUUCCGACCCAAAUGUCGGCCAAUAGAAUUGCACC